CGCACGCUCCUUCUUCUAGUCCUACCCAAUCCACCGGUCCACCCCCGCCCGCCCGACCCCUCCCCCCGCGUCGCCUCCAAACCCUAGUGGCGCGUCCCUCAACUCAAGCCCACCACCAUGGAGGCCGUCGCCGGCGAUGAGACGGUCGGCGAGCUAUUGCGCGCCGCGGCGGCGCUGGUGCCCGCUGAGCACUACGCCAUCGCGGCCCUUGUUGCCUUUUCGGUCUUCGCGUACCGCUUCCUGGAGCUCCACGUCAUCGGCGACCUCCUCCGCGGCCUCCGUGGCGGCCGCGUCGAGCUCGUCUUCCACCCCGCUUCCGAGAUCUACCACUGCGUCGCCUCCAAGUGCCGCUCCCUCCAUGGCAGGUACCUGGCGACGCCCUGGCUUGCAAGCCCGCAUCUGCAGACAUUGUUCCUGGGGAUUUCUGGGAGGCCACCUUCAUUCACCUACAAGAGGCAGUUGUACACAGUUCGUGAUGGUGGAACAGUUGCUUUGGAUUGGCUGCUGGCUAAUUUGGAGGAUGGGAUCAUUUCUCAAGAUGCUUCAACACCCCUUGUAGUUGUGGUCCCUGGAUUAACUAGCGAUUCUGAUGCUGCUUAUGUAAAACACUUGGUGCAUUCCAUGGCGAGAAAAGGGUGGAAUGUUGUUGUAAGCAACCACAGGGGUCUUGGUGGUGUGUCCAUUACAUCAGAUUACUUCUACAAUGGUGGAUGGACAGAAGAUGUCCGAGAAAUUGUUAAUUAUCUCCACCAGAAGUAUCCAGAGGCUCCGAUGUUCUGUGUUGGUACAAGCAUAGGUGCCAAUAUUCUGGUCAAGUAUCUUGGGGAAGAAGGUGAGAAUACUCCUGUGGCUGGUGCUGCAUCUAUUUGUUCUCCAUGGGAUCUAGUGGUUUGUGACCGAUUUAUUUCCCGUAAGCUUGUGCAGCGGUUAUAUGACAAAGCCCUUGCAUUUGGUCUAAAGGGCUAUGCAGAGCUACAUCAACCUAUCAUGGCUCGACUUGCAAAUUGGGAAGGUAUUAAAAAGUCACGCUCUAUCCGGGAAUUUGACCACCAUGCCACUUGUGUUGUUGCAAAAUACGAGACUGUGGAUACCUACUACCGUCGGUGCAGUAGUGCUAGUUAUGUUGGUAAUGUGUCAGUUCCCUUGCUUUGCGUCAGUGCCUUGGAUGACCCCCUCUGCACAAGAGAGGCAAUCCCUUGGGACGAAUGCAGAGCCAACAAGAACAUUGUUUUGGCAACUACUCCGAAUGGUGGCCAUCUCGCAUUUUUUCAAGGAUUAACUGCUGGAAGACUAUGGUGGGUCGGAGCUGUGUCUGAGUUCCUCUGUGCGCUGCAUGACAGCUCUUGCAUGCAUCGGCAAAAGGCAGGAGAUCAUGUUUUGCAGUCGUCGCUGGAGUCGUCCAUUGAUAAGAGCCCAUAUGUCAGCAUCAUGGGAGAUGGAAUGGUAGCUCCAGUGACAAAUGAUGGCUCUGAUAAUGACGAGCCCCCAUCUAACCAGAUUGAUAAUGGAUUAAAACUGAAUAAUGGGGUGAACGAUUCACAACAAGAUGAAAAAGAUCAUAAAAGCUGCAUAUCAGUAGAUGAAACGCCUGCCAAAACCCCUGCAGGGUCUGCAAAACAGCAAGGAGAGGAACACUACGCUAAUAAGAUCCAUGAUGCCAUUGAUCCCGUUAGGAGAUCCAUAAACCAACUCUCUCGUUACCAAGGAAAGUCAGUCGGUUUGCUUGCAUACAUCGCUUUUGUAACAUCAUGGCCGCUCCUUGGCUCCCUAGCUCUCAUCGUGUUUAGGAAAAAGUUCAGGAAACCUUUGUCUGCUAAAUUGUAAAGUGAACUUGCUCGUUUGGUCUACACUUUUAUUUUAUUUGCAUGGCCUGUGCAGCCACUUAAUUUCACCUAGCUCUUCACAGCACUCUCUCUCUCUAUAUAUAUGAUCUAGCAUCUUCCUUCAGCCACGUGUGUUCAGGAAACCACGCGGGGAUAAGAUACUACUCUAUCCUGUCGCUACAUCCCUAUCGUGUAUUUCAUCCAUGAAAUAAAACCGAAGUUUGCUUUUC